AGACCUACGAUGGCCAAUCCUCCUGUGUGGUGGAUUACAGCUACGAGGGAGCAGGCUUUAGUGGCCUCCCGGGCCGCGCCAGCUGGACGGGGGAGUUUGCCACCAAUUACGAUUCGGACGGCAUGGUCACAACGGAGACUGCACGUACCUGCGGGUCUUCUGGCUUCAAUGACUUUCCUUCCUCCUUCCUGUGCAAUGCGGGUGGUGUCUGUGGUGACCUUGCAGAUACGCGGGACCCGUACGUCACACCUGAUGCUGCGCUGUCAUAUCGACGCAUUACCAUCCCGCCGGGUCGUCCCGACCUGGUGGGCCCCGGCUUCAAAGCCUACGCCGUGGCCGUGUGCUACUGUCCCGACUUCCAACGUUGCGAUGCCUUUAGCCCAGACUUCGUGCAACAGGUGGGAAUCCUCUACUUUUUCGCCACCAAGGUGUGUCCGAAUGGUUUCGAGGCCACCGUGUGCGCACUAGACUUUACAGGCGCCGCACCACAACAUCGCUUUGCUUUACGGGUCGAAUGUCCGAGCACGGCGUGUGCCUAUGCAGACACCAGUAGGGUGAAGGUAGUCCAACAGAUGGCCAACAACAACUUGCCCUCCUGGGAUUCCCUGGCCGGUUGUGCCGCAGCGGUCCAUGGUGUGAACAGCGUGGGCUUGCAGGUCCUACCGUCCGACGACAAUCCCGACGUGGCCACAAUGCACGGGGGUCUGAGACAGGAUUACAAGCUCUGGAAUUUCAAGAACUCGUCGACAGGCUUGAUCUUUGACCCGACCACUUCAGGUUUCCAAUUCAGGACCGGUCCGACGGACCAUGAGCUGCGCAGCAGCUACUCGGGAGAAACCUUUGAUGUCUGUUAUUGUGAUGGCGCCUGCACCGUUGCCUCCAACUGGUUCAAGGCGGGGCAGCUCCGCUUCGCACCCUUUCAGCUGGUGAGCGCGGGGUCCAACACCUCUGUCUUGCAAGAGGAGUUCAUCCUGGAGUACAUGAACAUGCCGGGCACCAUCGGCUUCUACCGUCCUUGGGUGGACUAUGGAGUGAUGGGUCUGCAGGAGGGUGGAGCUUUGAAGUUGGUAUCAGAUCCCACCCUGACCUUGACGGAUGCCGGCUGCGUGGCUGCCUCGUACGACUCGACUUUGGUGGACGCCAACACGCUCACCAUGCAAAACGCGGCUCUGGCCUACUCUGGCACCACUGAUUUGACCAAAGAUGUGAACAAGCUGAUGUUCAAUGGUGGCCAAAUUACCACUGCCAUCACAGUGAUCAAGGCGGGUUUCAUCUCGGUGUGCUACUGCGCUCGUCCGGUGGUGGACGUGCCAGGAGUAGCUGGUCAUAGCUUGGAGAGCUGCCUGUGA